AUGAACUUUCUCAAAUCCAUCGCGCAGCCUCCCACUACAUACACUCCUCCCCCGCCACGACCGCCAAAACAGACAAUACCAAGACCACCACCACGACCACAAUCUUCGCAAGCAACAGCUCCUCCUCCCAGGCCACCAAAAAUCCCAGAGAACUCUAUCCCUCUCACCCAAGAGGCCCUUCGCUGGCGGGAUCAAGGCGACGAUGUGGUCUCCCAGCGUUUUGAUGAUGUCAUGUCCAUGGUCGACCCCUCUGACAACCAGAGUUUAGCAUCCUUCACAACAAAUGCCCAGUCGCUGUACGAAAGCAGGAAAACAGGUGUUUUCAAAUCGGCGCUUACAGGGCGUUACUUUGACAAGAUUCUGCUCUAUGAAAAUGCGCGAGUCUCGCUCUCGCUGCCUCCAUGUUUCCUUCCAUCCUCAUCUUGGAAGAUUGUUCUCCUGGCAGCGCAUUACUCAAAUGUGUCAUAUCAAUCAUCAUCUUCCAGGGAAUCCGUCAUCGCCUCGGACAGGCGCUCAAACACAAAGGCUAUGCUGGUCAAAGCCAUUCCUUCUGCCACUUCUACCACCAUUGUUAUCGCUGUCCGGGGGACUUCUUCGCUGAAAGAUUGGAUGACAAAUAUGCAGUACGAACCAGAGCAGCCAGGUUUGUUUCUUCGUGAUCAGGAAAAUGCUAUUCAUUCUGGUUUUCUUGGAGCAGCGCGUGCCAUGAUGCCCUCCGUCGCAAGCCACCUGCAGGAUAUGAUUCGACAGCAAUCGCUUUCUCAGGCUUCGCCCCCCUCAUACACAUUGGUUAUUUCUGGACACUCAGCUGGCGGUGCUAUCGCUGCGCUACUCUACUCCCAUAUGCUUUCAGCCUCGUCAUCACCCUUAUCAUCCCUUGCCGGUCUCUUCCAUCGCAUCCACUGCAUCACUUUCGGUGCCCCGCCGCUAUCCCUUCUACCUCUUACUACACACUAUCAAAAGUCUAUGUUUCUUAGUUUUGUGAAUGAAGGAGAUGCGGUAACACGUGCUGAAAUGCCGUAUAUGAGAAGCCUGCUGGACUUAUUGGCUGCGCCUGCGCCUAAGAGAUCGCGGAGGUGGCCAAUACCAGAAAACGCACUAUGCAACGCGGGGAAGAUCGUGGUCUUGAGGCAGCCAGGCAAGCGAAAGGACAAGAUGGAAUUGGCAGAGGGCGUGGAAGCAGUGCUCUGUAAGGAGAGUAAUUUGCGUGGCGUGGUAUUCGGCAACCCACUCUGCCAUUUAAUGGACGUGUAUGAAGAGAGAGUCAACAAACUUGCUGGCAAGUCUUGA